AUGGUAUCGGAAAAAGAGUUUUUGGCUUCAUACCCACAAACGUGCGCUCCUGGAUCUGUAAGUGGAACGCCAGGCAAUCUUUCUGACAUGCAGAAGCAACAACUGCAAGAAUUACGUGAAGUAUUGCAGAAAGGUGGCUUUACCGAGAGACUAGAUGAUUCCACUUUGCUUAGAUUCUUGAGAGCUCGUAAAUUCGAUAUUACAGCUUCAAAGGUUAUGUUUGAAAACUGCGAAAAAUGGAGAAAGGAGUUUGGUGUUGACAAAAUCUUUGAAGAGUUCCAUUAUGAGGAAAAACCAUUGGUCGCUAAGUUCUAUCCACAGUACUAUCACAAGACUGAUAAAGAUGGCCGUCCUUUGUAUUUUGAGGAGCUAGGUUCUGUUAACCUAACUGAGAUGUACAAGAUCACCAAACAGGAACGUAUGCUAAAAAAUCUUGUUUGGGAAUAUGAAUCAUUCGUACGUUACAGACUACCAGCUUGCUCAAGACAAGCUGGUCACCUUGUCGAAACCUCAUGUACGAUCCUAGAUUUGAAAGGGAUCUCUAUUUCUGCUGCCGCUCAAGUGCUAAGCUACGUUAGAGAAGCCUCUAAUAUUGGUCAAAACUACUAUCCAGAACGUAUGGGAAAAUUCUAUCUGGUAAAUGCCCCUUUUGGAUUUUCAACGGCUUUCCGUUUAUUCAAGCCCUUUUUGGACCCUGUCACAGUAUCCAAAAUCUUCAUCCUUGGCUCGUCUUAUCAAAAGGAACUGCUCAAGCAAAUUCCAGCCGAAAACUUGCCGACCAAGUUCGGAGGCAAAUCUGAGGUCAGCGAGGAGCUGGGUGGGCUUUACUUAUCCGAUGUCGGGCCUUGGAGGGACCAGAAGUUCAUAGGGCCCGAAGGUGAAGCCCCCACCGCUUUUAAAGUUUAA